AUGGCGGCGGAACAGAGAAAGCUGCUCGAGCAGCUCAUGGGAGCGGACCAGCUCAUGGGCACUGGUGCUCCCUCCCGCAACGCUCAGCUUUCUAUUACCGAUGCCAAAGUCUGUCGCUCAUAUCUCGUCGGCACAUGCCCGCAUGAUCUCUUCACCAAUACCAAGCAAGAUCUUGGCCCUUGCCCUAAGGUGCAUAGUGAAGGUCUGAAGACGGAGUAUGAGACAGCUUCGGCGGCGGAGAAGGCGAAAUGGGGCUUCGACUUCGAUUACAUGAGAGACAUGCAGAAAUACAUUGAUGAUUGUGACCGGAGAAUUGAUUCCGCACAGCGGCGGCUGGAAAAGACCCCGGACGAAAUCCGACAGACAAACAACCUGCUCAAACAAAUCUCUGACUAUACCAAAACGAUCAACGGCGGUCUGCUUGAGAUUUCCGUCCUAGGCGAAACCGGCGCCGUUGCGCAGGCAUACAAUGAAUUGCACAAGAUCCGCACAGCCAAACACCAGAAGGAAACGUGCGAGCGCGAAUUGAAGAAUCUGCAGGAUACCUCUGGCCCGUCUGGUCAUCAGAAGCUGCAGGUAUGCGAUGUUUGCGGCGCAUAUCUGAGUCGUCUCGAUAACGAUCGUCGAUUGGCGGAUCAUUUCUUCGGUAAAAUGCACAUGGGUUACUCGGACAUGCGCAAGACGUUUAAGAAACUCAGCGAGGAGCUCAAGGGCAGACCACCACCAGUUCGCCAUCACGACGACGAGGACGGUGGCUGGGGUGGCCGCUCGGGUGGUGGUAGAGGACCUCGGUAUGGUGGUGGUGGCGGCUACAAGAAGCGUGGUGGACGGUGGUGA